GUCUUUCUCCUUUUUUUUUCAUCUUACAUUAUGUUGAAUAAACAAAACUACGUUAUUCAAAAUCAACGUUACUUUCAAGCUCCUAACAAGACUCCACUUUGGUUAAAAGGUCCUAGAGACAAAGUAUAUGCUAUUGUUGCUUUUACUGCUAUUGGAGUAGGUGUUUUAGGCGUUACUAAUGGUGUUUACAGAAUGGUCAUUGGAAAAAAGGAUUAAACUCCUAAAUUAGAUUAGUUAUAUAGUAUAUGAUGAUUACUAGUCAUUCAAAAUAAAAAAAAAAGAGAGAAAGAGUGUCUAAACUUUUUGUAUAUCAAAAAAAUAAAUAAAAAUGAUGUAUCUUUUUUUUUUUUU